UUUUUUUAUUAAAUCAGCCAUUCAGACAUUUUAGGAAGUCGAAAACAUACAUAGAAAAACAUAUAUGAAAUUGAACGGUCUGGCAGUAAUGUUCUGGCUGUCAAAUCGUGUUUUCCUCUAUUAUAAAAUAUAUUACAAUAUAUAUUCGCUAUACUGUAAUAGAUCCUUAAUUAGGCGCAAACGUAUUGCUUUGUGGUUUAUAAACAAGGGGGAAAAAAUCUAAAUACCCCGUUCUAUGCUAUUAUUGUGAGCAAUAUAUAGAAUAUCACACCCUAAAAUAUUUAGAGGUAACCCUGUAUCAGUUUCCACAGGUGUCGUUUAAUAUCAGUGGAGAAAACGGAGAAAAUAAUUGAUAUUCUUUAUAUACUCAUCAUUUUCUUUACCUGUAAUUUAACUGAUCUCACCUCGAGCCACUGACAGAUAUGAUAUUUACCACUGUCAUAUGUUUAAGCACAAUUACACAGUUUAGUGUGUGAUUCACGUUCAAUGACUCUUUUUUCUCAUGCACAUCGGUAUUAACCUAAUUAAAAGCCAUACAGCUUGGCAUCGUUAGCUGCGCAGCGGGGCAGGAAUAUUUUUGUUUUGCCUUCAAUUAGGGGCUGAUUGGUGUUUUCAGGGCAGGUCAGCUGUGAAAUUCGAAUUAUACAUGUGCUGCGUUGUGCACAGUGUGAGAUUUUCCCUUGCCAAUAGAUUGUAACAUGCACUUGGUCUUAAUAUCGUCUUCAGUCUGAUCUGCGUUACAAACAAUAUACCAAGUAAAAAAAAAUCAUAUAUAUGUAUAUUGCACUUAAUCCGUUGUUUCAGUGUAAAGCGACUUAAUAUAUAUUUCCAUACGUGCUAUGAUGCUGUCUUUCAGAACCAUGACAUAUUUCAAACACUAAACUGCCAGCAGACGGCACUAAGACUCCUUUCAGACGUCUAUGGAAUCGCAUUCCCCUUUUGACUAAAUGUAUUAGCUGAACAUAUAGGCAGUCUGUUGUAAAAGUAGCCGGCGGCUGGGCUGCUACAGCGGGGAUGCCGAUAGGCAGAGUGUGUGGCGCUGGAGGGGUGCAGGUAAGCACAGUGCGCACUUGUGUGCUGUUUUGUAUCCGUGUCCAGAGGAAAAGUGCAUUCACACAAUAAAUUAGGUUACUUAUUUAUAAUAAUAAUGGUCUUUCUUAACCAUUUUCUAAUGAGCGAAAUCAGUGACAUUGUAAGAGUUUAAGUUUUUCGUGGUAGUAUAUCUAUUCUACAGCUCCGUUGUCAUAUUCAGCAGAGCAUUAAAUUAGGUCUGAACUUCACUUUUCUCUCUUUAUUUGCAAGAAACUGAACACAGCAAGAAACGGGGUUAUUAUAAACGAUUUAUUUCAGAGAUCUUACCCUUUAUUUCCAAUUACACACACUUUUGUUUGAUUGAACGUUAAAGAUGAUCGAAUAUUUUUAAACAAUUGAACUUUUAAAGAGGAUAAAGUGUUUUUUUUUUUUUUUUCUUUUUUUUUAAUGAAUUUACUGGAGGAAAAAAAAAUCAACUAGCCAUAAUCUGUCAGGGUCUCCCGCUCUCUGGUUUCCGUUGGAGGGGCGUGGCUGACCCCUGCUGCACCCCGCCUACUAGGUCUGUCCUCGCUCCUACGUCACUGCACCGAUCACCAUGCAAAUCGCUCCCGUUCUUGCACGCCAUUGGCCGCUGGCUCGGUUUAAUCGCUGUCAAAACCCGUCAUAUGGCCGCCACUUUAACUAACUCCUCAGCUCCACUAGGGAAAGUAGCUCCAAUGCGCUUUCAAUUAGCGUGGAUGUAAAACAGCUGUUCGGGACAAGACAAAACAGGCUGCAGGAAGAUAUUAAAAAAAAAAAUACAAAAACACCACCAGAACUUCAAACUCACAGCCACUGUUCGGAUUAAAUUCCACUUCAUUCCGGAGUUCUCCUUGCCUUGCUUGUGCUGCACCUGCUCCGGCGGACCAGCGCCGAAAGUUAAUGCUUUUUUGUAUUAGUUGAGAAGUCUUUAAAACCACGUGAAUGUAUAGCAUGAUGAUGGAGACGGACUUGCACUCCCCGGGACCCCAGAGCAAUACAAACCCGGGGCAGACAGGUCCGAACACGGGGAACAAAGCCAACCAAGAGCGCGUCAAACGCCCUAUGAAUGCGUUUAUGGUGUGGUCCCGCGGCCAGCGCCGGAAAAUGGCUCAGGAAAAUCCGAAAAUGCACAACUCAGAGAUCAGCAAGAGACUCGGCGCAGAGUGGAAGGUGAUGUCAGAAGCUGAAAAGCGGCCCUUCAUCGACGAGGCAAAAAGGCUGCGCGCCAUGCACAUGAAAGAGCAUCCGGAUUACAAAUACCGACCGAGGCGCAAAACCAAGACGCUGCUUAAAAAGGACAAGUACUCUCUGGCUGGCGGUCUGCUCGGCGGAGCGGCCACGGGCGCGGGAGUUGGCCUCGGGGUGGGCAUGAGCGCAGCCGGAGUAGGCCAGAGGUUAGAAAGCCCCGGGGGUCACGGUGGCUCAGCCGGCGCCGGUUACUCGCACAUGAACGGCUGGGCAAACGGCGCGUAUUCGGGCCAAGUCGCUGCCGCCGCCGCUGCUGCUGCUAUGAUGCAGGAGGCGCAGCUCGCCUACGGGCAGCACCCGGGCAGCGGGGCACACCACCACCACCACCACCCCCAUGCCCACCACCAUCAUCCGCACAACCCGCAGCCAAUGCACCGCUACGACAUGAGCACCCUGCAGUACAGCCCCAUAUCCAGUUCCCAGAGUUACAUGAGCGCGUCGCCGCCCGGCUAUGGAGGGAUUUCCUAUUCCCAGCACCAAAACGCGGGUGUUGCGUCGUCGGCCGCCAUCGGCACGCUGAGCUCUUUGGUCAAGUCCGAGCCGAACGGGUGAUUGUGAGAGCCUCUGCAGGAAUUUGGCAGGCCCGGAGUUUGGAGAGGCUCCCCCACGCUGCGCUGCCAUUCAGUGGUCGAGCGCGCUGUGUGGUUGGGAAGUUUGCACUGAGCCGUGGCCUCAAUAGCUUCAC